CCAUGCGGUGUCCCCCAGGGUGGUGGGCACUGCCCUGGGCCACACUGCUGCUCCUCUUGUGCAUCCAGCCCUGGGUGACCCACGCCUGGUGUUCCGAGGAGAACCUUGGCUAUCAGCAGCAAGUCAGCAAUCCGGAGCUCCGUGCUGCAGUGCAGUUGGCCCUGGACACAUUCAACCAGCAGAGCUGGAAUGAGAAUGCCUACCGGCUGGAGCGCCUCCUAAGUUUCCAGCCAGAGCUGGAUAAGAGUCCUGGGAGAGUGCUGUCUAUGCAGCUGCUGCUUCGCAGAACCGUGUGUAGGAAAUCUGAGAGAGGCAUCGACAUCUGCCCUUUCCACAGCAGCCCGGAGCCCAGCAAUACCUUCACCUGCUCCUUCACCAUCCGCUCCCAGCACCAUGGAGCCCAGCUCAGCAUCCUGAAGAAGAUGUGCUCCCCAGGGCCCCCCAGCCAGUGACCCAGCACUCCCAGGACCCCGGCCAUUCACAGGAGCUGGACUGUGGUAGCAGAGCAUUUCCGGGCUGCUCUGUCCUCCUGGGUUCCAUACACUGGUGUUUUAGAAUUUGGUUUGUCUUGUUCAUCAGUAAACACCAGCAUCUGCACAUGC